UUAAACAGCCCAGAGAAGGGACUGCAGAAGACAUCUGAGUGCUAUGGAGGAAGAAGCGGAGCCGCGGGUGAGGUCGGGCCCCGGUGGACGGCUGGAUAUGAGUCAUGGAUUCGUUCACCAUAUCCGGCGGAACCAGAAAGCACGAGAUGAUUAUGAUAAGGAGGUGAAACAAGCCAAAGAGAAGCUAAGGAAAAGGUUCACUCCAGGACCGUCCCGACCCAGGAAACCAGACCUACAGGUCUACCACCCCCACCCCAGAGAAAGACCCCCCCGCGCUGCUGAUCUAGUGGACGAUGACCCGAGUGACAGUGACUCCAGUACAGACCCCGAGACGCCUGGAAAUCAGCUCUUCUGCUUGGAGUUUGAGGGCGACGGAGGUGAAGUUACGUCCGUUAUUGUAUAUGAGGACGACGAUGCUGAGCAGAUCGCUACAAAAAUUUCCGUAGAGAAUCAGCUGGAAGCCAGAAUGAAGGAAGCCCUGAAAAGACGGAUUCACGAGGAAAUUGCCAAGAGAAGGGGGCAGCGCUGACUUUAGGAUGUUUUCCGGUGUGGUGCACCAGCUAAUUCUUCAGUCUGCGGACCGGUGGAGAACCUGUAUGAGGGGUACCUGUCUUGUGCAGUGGUACAAGCGCCAUGUGGAUGAUAGAGGUUUCUGGACAGAAGUGACUUACCUACUCGUCAAGAAACUGGCAGAACAGCCCCAUUGACAUCUAAGCACUAACCUGCAAUACCAGGCACAACCCAUGGGCAGGUGUGGCGCUGUGUAAGGGAGAAAGCACUCCUGUUUUUUUCAAACUUUUUUACAAUCCCAUUAAUUUAUGUGGUUUUAUCCAAGUAUUUGUUAUUCUAACUCGCGCUCACCUUUACAGGUAGCACUCCAGGGCAGCAACCCCAUAGUAAUUUUAGAUAAGCUACAAGAUGCAGGUGAAGUGGUAAGUACCGGUGAGAGUUGCGGCACAUGCUCUGAUCCCUUCCUUACACGUCAUGAGCGAAUGAUGUCACGGUAAGUGGCCGUUGACGCCAAUUUACAUCGUAGUUCGUCCUGUCGAUGGCAUGGGCACAGGAGCUAUGCCCACACCAGGCAGUGGGAGCCUGUUAUAAUAGUACAGAACGGGUCGGGAUAGGAGCUAGUGUGCAUCCGGUUAACCCCUUGCCUCCCGAUGCCAUAUUGAGAUCACAGGGUAUAACAGGCAGCCUGUCAGUAUUGCGGUGCGUUGUGGAAGGGAUCAAAGCAUUGCAGGUCUCCUGUGAGGUGAAUAAAUAAGAAAAAACACACUUGAAAACAUAAAGGGAGUCGGCAGGAAAUGCCCUGUAACCGCAGGCACAGCUCUGCUGAAUGUAAUGUACCUUUCACUGGGUGAUCCCUUGCUUCUUUCUAGAGAAAAGGCAAAUGAGCAGUUAAAGGGGUUUAUCAUAUUUUUUGAUAUAUCCUCUGGAUAGGUCAUCAAUGUCAGAUGGUCUGGGGUCUGACUCCCGGGACCUUUGCCGAUCAGCUGUACGAAGAGGCCAUGGCGCUCUGUGAGCACUUAGGCCAUGUGGCAUCAUGUUCGUCGGUAACGUGGCUCAGCUCAGUCUCAUUGAAGUGAAUGGGCCGAGCUGCGAUACUAAGCAAAGCCGCAUUCAAAUGGGCAGCGCUGGGCUUGGUAAGCAGCGGGGAGCCCGCAGCGCUCCAGUGAGCGUCACAGUCUCCUCAUACAGCUGAUUGGCAGGGGUUCGGGGAGUCGGACCCCCGCCGAUCUUACAUUGAUGAACUAUUCUGGGAAUAGGUCUU